AAAACAAAUUUUACAACUCAACUAUAUUAUAUUUAUAGAGUCGUAAAUAUUAAUUAACUAAACAUGGAGAAAAGUAAAACUCUGUUGGAAAAAUACCAAAUACCAAUAGGACAUUUGGAUUUCGGUUAUGUGGAGAAAUGUGGGAACGCACGCGAAAUGGAAAAGAUUGUGAUGAUAUUGCGUUCCGGCGAAGAAGGCUACUUUCCAGAUCUGACGCGCUGUGCCGAAGAGAAACUAAAGCAGCUUAAGCCGGACAGCAAAUUGUUUCGUACCGAGGAGAAAAUACAACACAGCAACGUGCUAGACAAGCACGAAUUAAAGCCCAUAUAUGACUGGACGAAUGAAAUUAAAAACAAGGACAAUGCACUAAGUGAGCUCAAGGAGGACGCAUCUCUUCCGUCGAUGGAUCUGCCACCAGUGCGAAAGACAACCAAAAUAGAGAUUGACAAGGAUGAAACUGAGACACCAAAGUCUAAGGCAGCGUCUGCGCCAAGCGCAAGACCGCAGUCUAAAUCAACGAAUGAACAGCGCAUCAAGUCCACGGACUACAGCAAAUGGGACAAGUACAAUCCAGAUGAGGAAAUACUGCGCAUGGAUUUGGAGCAGGAACGUGCCAAGGAGCAGGCACAAAUAAAGCUUAAAAGUGUUCUGCAGCCAACAAGCAAAGAGGAGCAGAUAAAGCAAUGUGAGAGUGCCGAGGAGCAGCGUCUGCAGGCGCAACUCAAGACACUAACUCAGGUUGAACGUGAGCAAUAUGCCGAGAGAUUCCGCUUGCGUGGUAAUGAUUACUUUAAGGCCAAGGAGUAUGACAAUGCUAUUAAGGAGUACACUCGUGCUAUAGCUUUCGAUCCGGCACAGGCUGCACGCCCCUAUAACAAUCGCGCCAUCUCGUAUUUAAAGUUAAAGAACUAUUUGCUGGCCAUAGAGGACUGCGAAGCAUGUCUUCGGCUCGAGCCUCACAAUGUAAAGGCGCUUUUGCGCCUGGCUGAUGCCAAGUAUAGUCAGGGACAUCGGCGUGAAUCAUAUGGCAUUUAUCAACGUGUUUUGGAACUGGAGCCAGAAAAUGCAAGCGCAAUGAAAUCAUUGGCUCAAUUGCGUCAUCAGGUGGGCGAGCUGGCUCCCGCGCACGCUACGCGCAUGGUCAUUGAGGAACUCCCAUCUGAUACAGCUCCUGUUAAGAAUAAAACCGAGAAGCCAGCAGAUGCUACGGUUAAAGAUGUGCAGCUUAAGGAAUAUGAUCUAGCCGAAUUGGUCAAGCCGAAUCGUCUGAUUAAAAGUAAAAUAGCUUCAGCUGCAGAAGCUCUCGGAGGCACAUUGAAGAGUCCCAAUUCCAUUGCCAAUGCACAGAAACAGCAGCUGCAGCAUAUGAUGCAGAAGGUGUCCACGGCACAGUCACAGCUGCGUCUGCCACAGAGCAAUUGUGCAGCUUCCACAAACCAGAAGCUCCUGAUACAGGAGCUAAAAUAACAAAAUCAUUUAUUUAUUUAUGGUAGGGGGUCUUAUACAUUCAGAGUCCGUAACACUAUAUAUGGCUGAUCCACUUAAUAUAAGCACAAGGAAAUGUAAGCACAUCAAUUUUUGA